AUGAAAUAUGAAAUUCCGGAUCUUCAGUGUACUUCAUCACCGGAAAAUCAAUCACCGUCAUUUUUGCACAAUUAUCUACAGGUACCACAAUCUCAUACAUCACAAUCGGCUCGAUCCAAUUCCUCAGUUGCAAGUAUGCAAUCGGAUUUAGAAUCAUGCAUGGGAGAUGUACAAUUUCCAAGCGAUCUUAUUGAAGGAAAAGUUAUCGGUUUGUAUUUAUUUCUUUUCUUUUAUUACCAGUUUCUUUUAUCGGUUCGUUAG